AUUACUCGUGAUAGGUUGGGCGGCCCUUGCCAACCUGGAUGUUUACCUGCGAAGUGCUUUUACCAGCGGUGCUUCCACUUAACACUCAACGUGCAGCUGAUCUACUCUGGACGUAUCUGUCCGUUUCCAACCUCUCGACCCCGUCCUCGUUCAACUUUACGUUUUGGCGCCGUAACAGGGACCGAACAUUGCGUUCCCUAUAUAGAGAUACAUCUACUAGUAGUGUGGAAAUUUCAAUGGCGACACCUACAACUAGUGAAGAAGAAUUAUCGUUCUGGAUGAAACCUGGCGGCAAAGGCGGUCCAGUGUGCGGUGGUGCGAAUGGAGUAGACGCAUCAAAAACAGAAGAAAAAACACCGCCGUCACGCGCGACGGUGACCCGAUUAGUCCUUGUUGGACUCAGUGUUCCUUUGGGUUUAAUAGCACUUUCAAUAGCUGUUGCAAUGUACCUGCCACCCGUACACAAGGUCCUAGCUCGUAAAAGUUUCUACUUACAAUAUUACGGCAUCUACGGAGCUAUUUUGGCAACGUUGGUAUUCUCCCUGGGUGCGACGUUCCCCCGCGUUCAAGCCUCGGCUCAAUUGCUUUCCAUAUUUGGAUCACUAUUCAUCAUUGCGUUCGCCUAUUUCUGUGCUGUUCUUUCUGUAAUUGUCGAGUCUGCGGCAGGAUUUAUCUUAGCAAUGGUACAGUUUAUUGGCUGUUGGGAACUGCUUGUGUUGUCACUAAUUGGCAUGGAACUUGAGGAGAAUAUACCAGGAAAGAUAGCGACCUGUGUUGCCUAUAUCGUGAACCACGCCGUUAUCGUUGCUCUCCGACCACCGAGCCAGAUGCCCGUAAGCGAUGCGAUACUGGCGGGUGUGGUGAUGCUCGCCAUUGCUUGGUUCUUUAUUGCCCACGUGUGUAAAGUUGUGGACAAAAUUCAAGAUGAUUCACAAAAUUAAUUUUCAUAAGGCCAUCAGCGACCACGGCCUUUUUCUAGCCGUUCUAAUGAAAUGAUAAUGGGAGAUGAACCUGUGAUACGCUCCGUUAAAGGAAGAGAGUAGCUUGAGUUCUAAGCGACUACAUGUUACCCACUAGAUAAUGCGUUUUGCCAAUUAAUCACUUAAAUAUAUCUGUUGGGACGAAGCGGUAGAGCAAUAGAAAUGGAACAGUACAAUCUAAAACAGUAGACAUGAAGACUGCGGUUUUCGCAUACGUCGUCGAUGUGAAGCACCACAAAUAUAUAUAUAUAUAUAUACACCGAAAAGUCGACAAGUGACGGACUGACACAGAUUAUACGUAACUGUGAGGCGAGCAGUGAUCAAUGAGCGAAGUCGAAAAUCAAGAUCAAAACGAAUCGGAAGAACAUCGACUUAAUGACCUCGUAUAGCAGAACUCCCAAGAAAAAACGAAAAAUUAUAGCCGACUGUGGUAAGCCAUAAGCUGACAGCGUGAAGGCAUUUAAAGUGCAAACACUUUUCUUACACCUUAGGUUUUACAAAUCCGAAUUAGCAUAAGUAUGAAUGGGUAAAGAUUCUUCCUCAUUGCCUAAUUAGCUCCAGAUCUAAGGUGAUUUUAAACAUUUAGCUAGCUAGACCUUUAAUAUGUGAAAACAGUAGGAAGGGACUCGAAGGCGGGCUUACAGGCAAGAUCAAAGUGGCAAAUACUAAGCCUAAAAGCUAUUCGUGAGCAACAAACGAAUCAGCAGGUAACGACCGUUAAAUAUGCUUAAUGUUUUACAACGAUGCGUCUAUGGCGCGGAUUAGAUAAAUAGACACGUGUCGUUCAAAGUCGAGUAAAUACUUGUGAAUAUAUCCAUAAAUGAUGCAGGGCCUCUUGUUGUAUCCAGCGAAUAUAGUGCGUCGUCCCUUCAUUCCCUGUAAUUUCUUAAACGGAAACUGCGUACCAUCAGAAUCUCUAGGGAAAGCUUUAUAUAUAUAUAUAUAUAUAUAUAUAUAUAUAUUUCCUUUUAAAUAUUUCUUGCGACACGAGCGCCAUAAUUAUAAACACAAAGUCUAGGAAUGCAAUAGUUAAACUAUAUAAUACGAAUAUAAAAUAUUAUGUCACCUUUAUUAUUUGGUUCCGUCUUAUAUAGCAGUCAUAAUCACCUAUGUUCUUUUUGUGUUUCUAUUUGUGAUGCCACUGGAUAGUUACCGUGGGCUGGUGCACGUACAUUGUACGCCACGAGCUUCCACCUAAACAUGCUAAACAGCCCAAUGGCAGACGUUCUGUGUUACAGGUUGAAACCCUGCGUUACGAAUAUAUCCUGUCAUAUCUAUAAUAGUAGUAUAUCAAAAUAAUAACUCUGCUCAACGAGCUAAAACCUAUAUAUAGUGCCAUGUUCACCACAGGUGAUUAAAAGUCAUUUACGAGACUGAGGAUGACUAAGAAUAAACUUGUCUAGUAAUCACUAUCUGCAACUAUUUUUUACGAAUAGGCUUUUUGCCAGCUCACUGUAAGCCCUCCUUACUCUGCGCCAAUAGCGACGCUGGUCAACAUUCCCAUGCUGCUACUGCCAGAUAUAUUCCGCAAUUUUAUAAUAAAUCGCUCACUCAUACUCAACGGUCAUCUACCUUAUAAACUAAUUAUAUUAUCUAUACGAUAUAUAAUAGAACGCCAAAUUCUACUAUGCAAUAUCCAGUAGGCCAUUUUAUGUUAAGCACAUUCUAAUGACCGUUUGUUUUUACAUUGUUGAGCCUGUGUGCACAUAUUCUUCAUUUUCAUACAAUACACACAUAUAGUUCAUACGAUGUUGCUGAAAUCGGCUGUCUCUGUCAUAACCUGUUGUAAGAGCCACUGCGACCUGCACUACAAGAUUACUUUAUUUUUUUUACUAUCUAUAUUUUUUCGUUCUUUUUCUUCUAUUUUUCGAAUGGUUAAAUUUAGAAAAAGAAAGCGAAGACGUAAUUUCUUGUAAAACUUAUCAACUAUCAACGCAUCUUUUUAUCUUUAUUUAUAACUUAUUAUUAUAUAGACCAACUUCGAUGCACGCAAUAGUUUUCUAUUGACCAAGUUAACAUGCCUUCGUUAAAAAGAAACUUGGAUUUUUCAAGUUACUUGAAGCCACCGCAAUAAUGCAUGUGUAUAUUUUUUGCCUUUUAAAUAGAUCUGUAAUGGCAGUACGUUCUGCAGUGUGGACAAUUUUUUUAUUUCGAUUGGUUAACAAGCAACUUUUUUUUAAUAUUUAUCUAAUAUAGGUUCAUAACUGUUCAGAAGUGCCCUCCAAUCACGAUGUAACAAUUUCCGCAGUUUAAAUAAAUAAUUAUACAGAUUCGAAAGUCUAUUGAUAAAUCCUGCAAGCUUUGCAGAAAUCCCAUUAUCACUAUUAGUAAAAAUAAGAACCACAAUCUCAUUGUGAGAAACUGACAACAGUUGAUGGACAGUUCGGUGGAUAUGGCUAUAGAUCUUCUUUAAAACGGGCGAAUCAUACACAUUUGUAUCAGAGAUCUUACCGUGAAUAGACUUUUAUAUGCUAUACGCAAAACAUAUAAGAUUUCAAGUAAAAAAGCUUUCAAACCCAUAAAAUUUAUAUUUAGAAAA